CACUUAUAAUAAAUCUCCGCCCCGUCGUCGUCAUAUCUCGCGGGCUUCCCCGCAGCAACAACGUCCUUCAGAGCCAGCGGUAGGGACGACCGAGGCUAAGAGAUGGCGGACCAUCACCACUCGGCGUGGACGACCUCCGGUGCUCCUCGUCAUCCGCUCCUCUCCUGUGCGCUCAUGGCUCUUGUUAGUUUCGUGGCUGCAGGAGCAGGAGCAGGACCCAUGGUGCUCGCCGCCGACGCCAUCGUCUUCCACGUGGCGAACAAAUGCCCGUUCCCUGUGUGGCCGGCGUCCGCCCCCAACACCGGCCACCCGGUGCUCGCCGGCGGCGGCUUCUACGUCCCGCCGGGCAAGUCGAGGCGCGUCGACGCUCCAGCCACCUGGAACGGCCGCUUCUGGGCACGCACUGGGUGCAACUUCACCGCGAACGGCGGCGUGGGCGCCACCGGCUGCCUCACCGGCGACUGCGAGGGCCGGCUCGCCUGCAACGGGUCCGUGGGCGCCCCGCCGGCCACGCUCGUCGAGGUGAGCCUGCACGCCAAGGGGAGCUCCUACGACGUGAGCCUGGUGGACGGGUACAACCUCCCCGUGGCCGUCUCCGCCACCGGCACGGGCGCCGACCCGAACAAGUGCGCCAUCGCCGGCUGCGCCAAGAACGUGAACGCGGUGUGCCCGCCGGAGCUGCAGGUGACCGCUACAGGCGGCGGCGGCGGCGGUGGCAAGACGGUGGUGGCGUGCAAGAGCGCGUGCCUGGCGUUCGGGCUCGACGCCUUCUGCUGCCGCGGCGCGUACGCGACGCCGGCGACUUGCCGAGGCACCGUGUACUCGCGCCUCUUCAAGGACGCCUGCCCGGCGUACUACAGCUACGCGUACGACACCACCGCCGCCACGGCCAGCGGGUGCUACGCGCAGGAGUACGUCAUCACCUUCUGCCCCUCCAGAUGGGGCGACGAGCCCGGCGAUGGUGCUGCUGCUGCUGCUGCUGCUCAGAUUUGAAUUUGAUGUCGUCGUCGUCAGUCGUCAGACAGUCGCGCCAUGCGUCGCGAGCUUUUCGCACAUCUUGUGUAUGCGUGAACGUCUGUGUGUGCUUCUAGCGAGUUUCCACAUAAUAGUAUUUCUACAUACAUAUACGUACAUAUUACAACAAUAAAAGUUCUCUUGCUUCCAAAUA